AUGGGCAGCCGGCCCCGCAGCCCCAGCGCCUACCCUGCGCCCUGUCCCGGACCGCCGUCCGGAGGACCCGGCCCCGCCAAGCGCAGCCGAACCGAGGAGCUGGAAGGCCUGGAAGGCCUGGAGGGGCCCCCGGCCGCCGGCGCCCUCACCUCCGUGGUGGUUCUGGCCGAGGGCUGUGCCCUGCAAGUGCCCCUGGACGACGUCGACCUGGUGCUCGAGCCUGAGCCAACGUCGGUGCUGCAAGUGUCUGUCGGAGAGCUCACCCUGCUGCUGGUCCCCGAGGCCCUCCUGUGCUCAGGAGGGCAGGGCCACUCGCUUGUCGGCCUGGAACCCUGCGCUUUCCUGGGCGCGCCCGGGCACGACGUCGCCGUCGAGCAAGGAUUCUUCUACGCAUCUGUCCCACAGAUGGCCCCCCAAGAAGAGGCCUACGAGGAAGACGCGGACCCCGCGUUCCUGUCGCCUCGGAUGGACCCUGCAGCCGGCUCCGUCGCUGGGCUCCGCCCCUGCGCGGGAAGCGUGACCAACCCCUACCCUGUGGGCCAGGUACCAGAGCCUCGGUCUUGGGCCCCCACUCCUAGUCCAGAGAGACGCUCUUCUUUCCGCUACUUCAACCUGGACGUCCACCUUCUGGAGCCCUUCCCCAACUCGCCACUCCAACCUCUACCUGCCUCUCCGAGUCCAGGUCCCCACGCGCGCCCCCAGCGCCCUCCGGGUCCUUCUCGCAAGGCCCGGAGACGCCUGUUCCAGGAAUGAACUGAACCCACAACCCCUAGCCACCUGGUAGAGACCUUAAAAGAGUCUUUUAAGAGCGCUGUGUGUACUUUGCACAACCUGCAAGAAUAACCAAGCAUGAAUAAUGGACAGAUGCUCUUUUGAUGGAAGCUGCAUUGCAAAAUUGUGGAUCAAUGGUGGUGGAACAAAACAUCUGGAAGGAAGUCACAGAAGCAAAGAGAUGCUGUUUUAAGUACAGUGUACUUUUAGACAUCUGACAUGCUGCUUAGGUUGUUUUCUCUAUAAAGGUUGCCCUUAAGUAGCUGCAUUCUCCCUAGUUUUGCUUCAAAGCCCAACUUCAGCACUUUUUCUAAAAACCCAUCCUUUCCACAGCACUCUACCACAGCACCUCUUCU